GUUACGGAAAAAGAUUAUGGGUUCGAUAGAAAUAUUCCCUGGUGUUGGAGCAGUAAAAGGGAAGCAGACCCUUCCCUGUCUUGAUCAGUUGGCAAUGAGGCGACUGUUCUAAAAAUUCUCUCACGGUCUUUGAAACGAGUGGUAGCCAACACAUACAGCCCACCAUAAAAAGUAAGUAAAGGAGUACCAAUGACCGAUACCGUAAAUUAUCUUUUUAGCCCCCCGGGGGCUUAUGUUUUUCAGCACUUUAAAGGGGGGCAUAUUUACGGUAGUUUAAUGAUUGUGGUGAAUUGAUAUGAUGUGCAAAUCUUUCGGAAUAUAGAACGCCAACUUCAACACUUUUAGACUACGUAAGUAAACUUUAAUGCAGCUUUCUCAAAAUAAAGUAGUCUGCUGUAAUUAACAAGCAGCAGUGAGAGAAUGCCGUUUCAGUCCUUAUAUCAAGGUUACGGUGCGGAAUGUUUGGUUUAUCCAUGGCUGUUUUGAAAGAGCAAUUCUAUGUACAUUACGCAAUCGCGGAAGUGAUCACUUUGUAAAUAGGGGGCGGAGCUGGUCAUGUGCUCCGACUUUUCGGACACAAAAGGCAAACAUUAGCACCUGUCAAUGAGGAAGGAUUGUCAGAACUUGACAAAUUGCAGUGAAGCUAAGGAUUAUGUGGUAUCGUGCUGGGAAGCAAAGAUACGGAAGAGCCGAGAAGCGAGAAUGCCUUCCUUGAACAACUGUUUGUAAGCGCGGAGAGGUUGAAACUUGCCAAUAUUCGAUAGUUGUAAACGCCGAUGUACGUGCAUUGAUUAUUCAACACAACUUGCUGAAUUAUUUAUGUUACGUUUCCACAAGCCUUUCGAAUGCUUAAGUGAUGCAAGAAGGUCAAUGUUGACUUGCAGUUAAUGCUGUUUUGAAGCACGGCUGAAUAACGAUGGCGUAUAAACUGAACGGAUUUAAUCGACGACUGGGAAAUACUGUGACGCUUGGAGAGUUUUUUCUGGUAAUAAUGCUCCCAUUACUCAUUUUAUCGAUGCAGCACCCUCAUGGAAAUGUUUCCCUAAACUGUACACUAAUGCACGGUCAGUUGCAUCCACCAACACUGAUGAACUGCAACGGAAAAAACCGCUCCGCAGGCAAAGUUUGGGAUCCGAGGGCUGUAUUUAACAUGUCCGCAAGGGAGGCUUUCGAUAUUAUCGAAUCAAUUCACGAGGCAAAAGGUGAUUGUAAUAAAUUGGUUACUGAGGGCAAAAAACCAAUACCGCUGCUGAAUAUCCGAUUCGAAAGCACGUCAUUUCGUGAUAUAGCAAAUGUAGCGAUUCGCACGGCAAACAUGAUGUCAGAUCUUCUAAACCGCGGAGCAUGCGCUGGUGACCUGAAGAACCCCGUUUUUCGUGGAAAUUCAACAGCAAAUAUGAGUGAAGAUUUUCUGUUCAGCAUUGUUAAGAGUAAUAUGCAAAAUCAUCAACGAAUGUUUGGCAGUGGAAUAUGGUUUUUGGAAAAUAAGUAUAAAAGUCAAAAGUAUUUCGCACCAUAUGCGUACAGAAGAAAAGAAGAUGGGUACCUCAGAAUCAAGGACCUAUCCACAACUUGGGGGCCAGCACACACAAACUUUUUGCCGUUUCUAGAAUCAAUCGCAAAUAAUCGUACAUACCUUUGUAGAUCAAGUUAUUUCACACCGCGGAAAAAUCAAACAGCGGACGAAAAGAUCCGGCAUGUUGUUCACCCAAUAGCGGAGUAUGACGAUGGGUUAUGGGGAAGACCCCAUUUUGAGUGUAGUACAACACGAGCUUGGAUUGUGGGGUUUUACGUGCCGUUCUUUGCAACCAGAUAUGACAAACCAUCAGAUGAUCCAAUAGAAAUGAUGGGAGUGGCCUCGGUGGACAUUGAUCUCAGCCAAGUUGAUAUAAACCAAUGUGAUUUAGAUGGCACUUCGCAGUUCACCUACAAGAUAUUUGCUGGAACUCAUCACUGUCACAAUGCAACUUCAAGGUGCGUUCAUCUCCCUGGCAAAGGCUUCACUGUUGGCUCAUACAAAUGUGUUUGCAGAGACGGAUAUUACCAUCCUUACAAAAAUUUCAAGCAAAGAUAUUUCAAUGGAAGUUUGAUCGAGGAAAAUUUCGCUAAGGGACGAAUCAAAAUUGAUCCGAACGUGUUCGCUUGCCUGCCCUGCCGCGAAGGCUGUCCCAAAUGUAGCGACGACAGUCCUUGCACUGUGGAAUACGAUGACGAAAUUCGAUACAGCGUAUUAGGCAUCAAUCUCUUCUGCAUUUUGAUGUUACUUGGUAUAUCUGGGUUCAUUUGGCGGAACAAAGAAGUUCAGGUAGUUAAAAGUGCAAGCCCCCUGUUCCUACUUAUCACGUUGCUAGGAGCCACUCUUAUGUACUGUGAGGCUUUAGUGCUGUUCAUAGCACCAAGUGCAGAAGUAUGCACGGCAGCCCCAUGGUUACAACAUGUGGGCUUUAUACUGAUGUAUGGGUCGUUGCUGCUGAAAACUUGGAGGGUUUCGCUCAUAUUCAAAAUCAAGAACGCAAAACGUGUGACUGUUAGCGACCUUGGCCUGCUUCAAAGACUGGCCCCCCUGGUUGCUGCCUACAUAGUUCUUCUUGUAAUAUGGACAGUGGCAGAUAAUCCAACCGAAAUAGAGUAUAAAACGAAAGAUGGUCUAAAAUUCCAAACUUGUACCGAGAAUUGGUGGCAUCACUCUUUGCUAUUAUUGGAUAUUCUAAUGCUGUUUUGGGGUAUACAUCUGUGCUACACAAUUCGCAAGGCACCAACCAAGUUUAACGAGAGCAAGUUUAUCAGCUGGUCCAUCUACAACAUGACAGUAUUCAUGAUUUUCAUGAAGCUUAUGAAAGAAAAUCUUGCAAUAGAAAGAGGAAGAAAAGGUGCUGGGUGUACUGAUGCUGGGUAGUUUUUGGAAGCCCGCCCCUAAACAAACUUCAAAGAUCUGCAGUACUAGCCUCUUUGCCGGGAAAAAUUCAGUAAUAAGAGACUUCCUUACACCAAAACAAGUUUUGCUCUCCAAGAAUGCAAGCUAUGAUGCCAGGGAUGACGUUUUGAGGCCCAGGAUUGAUUCAAGCUUUGAUAAAACAUUGUGCCAAGAAAAAAGUUGAAAUCUUCAACUUGAAUUGGAAGCAGAGCUCCAUAUUGUAGUUCAAUGAUUAAUGUUUGAGAUACAGUUGAUCCAAUUCCUGUUCUAAAUCACAGAUGGGCAGGAAUGGCUUUGGGUCGCAACUGUUCAAAUGUGGCAUUUCCAGGGCAGGUGGUGCUAUGGAUAUGUCCCAGCUCCCGAAAAUAAGAACUUUUUUUCGAACCUUAUAGAUUUUAUAUUUGUCUGCAUCAAACAGCAGUUUUCUCUACAGGUCCUUUUAAGCAAAAUUAUUGGGUUUUCCGCUAUAAAAAUCGCCAAGAAAGUGCAAGCCCUUGGGUUAGGAUUAAAGCUCUUGGGUUAGGAUUAAAGCCCCGGUGUCAGAGUCAGAACCAAGGCAGUCCCAAAAGCCAAUCCAGGGCAGUCUCAAAGUCCAUAUUUAUUAAACAAAAGUAUCAAGUCCUCCCUGAACCCCAGUGUUGAAUUUAAAUAAUUAAUUCCUGUGUAGCUGCAAAGGCAGUGAUUUUGGGUUACUUCUGAUACAAAGCAAACCUUAUAUUGAAAUUUUUCAGAAGUAACAAUUGCAUUUUGACCGUUUUAUUCUACUAGAUUCUUUAAAACCCUUUUUGAUUUUUCUUUGCUAUAAUGAACUAGAAAUUACCGUCAUAUUAAAAGCAAAUUGAGGCCAUCAUUCAAAAGACACAACACCGUGCAGGGACAAAAGAUGCCAACAUUCUAAGCAGUGUGGAUUAUCAAACUAUAUUGAAAAACUUUCGAUUUUCUUUUUUUGAGAACCAUUUAGAGCCAUGAAAAGCUCUCUCGUCAUAUGCAGGGCAGAAAUAGAGUGACACAAACAUUUUUUAAAUGGCUUAGCUCAAGCUUAAGUAUGACUCAGAAAGUUUGCUCUUUUCAGAUCUAUUCUCAAGUUUUUGUAGCACCAAAGGAUUGUUACAAACCUUUUUCCCUGAUAAUUACCGCCUGAAGGGUGGAGUCGUCAUACCCAACCGAUAUCUGUUGGAGCAAAAAUAGAGAAUUACGCAAAACGUACAUAAGUCUGGUUAAACUGUUGGGGAAACCGCAUUAUAAUGGCGACAUGGAUUCACUGACGAGAUACCAGGAAUUUUAUCAUGCUUAUACGAAAAGGUCCUUUAAAACGGAUUCGAUACUUGCUCUCAACUCAAAGAAUCUAGACACUUCAUUUUUAAUUAAUAGAACAGGGAUCCGAAGGGACAUGCUCGGAUGGUAUUAUUUGAUAUUUUACUUUAUAAAUUCUUAUCGAAAGUCAAUUACAGCAGUUUAUCAAUUUGCGUCAUAAUGUUGCUCGUGGUCGGAAUUCUACGUUACUCCACCAUUCAAUUUUUUCUUGCGUGAUGUUAGGUCAUCAAAGAUUUCUAACCGCUACAACUUUCUAAAUUUAAGCUUGCCCUUUAGUCCUGUCCUGGUAAAUUCCUGCACAAAUGAAUAAUUGGCACGACACCAGGCCAUGCCGAACCCAGUUUCUAAGUCAGUGUUAUUGUAUUUUUAUUCUUUUGGUUUAUAAUUUGCGUGGAGAUUUGUAGGUGGAUAGUUUGAAAGUAAAACAAAGUCACAAUACAUGAGUUCUGACAAAAUUUUCACAAUUAGAUGACGUAUUAUGAAUGAAUUACUUGUGAAGUUCCACUUUCUUAAUACACAUGGAUGAUAAGUCGAUUUUUGUUGCCUUCUGAUAAGGCAGUAAAUCUUCGUAAUAGGAGAGGUAACUAGGACGAGUAUGAGAAAUUUCAGAAGAGUAUUAAAGAAAAUGUUAACGAGGCAUAGAGUAUCUAUUGUCAAUAAGAGGAGAUUAUUAUGAUGUAGAAUUGGAGAAAGGUGAGUAGGAUAUUCCUCAGGAAGAAAGUUCUAAAGUGAUGGCGCCAAAAAAAUAAUUUUUUUGAAUUUUUAAAUUUAGAUCCCAUAGCCUGAAAAAGCAUCAUGAGAUACUUCUAAGCGUGCAAAAUUAGUCAAAUGUAUAGCGAAUUGGAUGAGAUAUGGCCACAUGUGUAUUGGUUAAAAUUCAAAAAUGCUACAAAUAGGGGUUUUAUGACGUCACACCUCAGAACUCUAGUUGCGCUAAUGCUAGCAGCGUGUUUUAUACCUUUUCAUAAUUUUGGUGAAUUUGGUUCUACCAUAUGGCUCUAGAUGGCACUGCAGUUUUUCAGAAAUCCGAACGUCACCAAAUUUUGCCACUCACAGUUGCUAUAAGCAGAACCUUCUACCUGACCCAGGAAGUACGCCUUUCUUGGGUUUUAUAGGAACCCGGAAAGAAGUGAAUGGUUUGUGGAAAGAAUCUAUACAGACCACUUAUAUGCGUCACACCCAUGCACGCUUUGUCCUUUUACGUAACGUUACGUUACGUUACAUUAUGUUACCUUACGUUAUGUUAUGUUACCUUACGUUAUGUUAUGUUAUGUUAUGUUAUGUUGUGUUAUGUUAUUUUAAGUUAUGUUUUGUUAUGUUAUGUUAUGUUAUGUUAUGUUAUGUUAUGUUAUGUUAUGUUAUGUUUUGUUAUGUUAUGUUAUGUUAUGUAUGUUAUGUUAUGUUAUGUUAUGUUAUGUUAUGUUAUGUUAUGUUAUGUUUAUACACAACUCUACGUUAUGUAACAAAAAAAUUCCGAUUCAAAUUUUCUUUAAAUAGGGAAGCUUAAGAAUCUUUUUCUGAACAUAAAAAAAUUCUGUAAGCCAAUCUUUGUUCAUGGGGGGCUAUUAUUGGGGGGUCUAAAAGCCGCCAAACCGUGCAAAAAGGCAGUGACUAUUACUAAUGAGCAAAAUGGUAUAAAUCACGAGGAGGUAUAACGUUUCAUCUAAACAUAUGAUUUAAUAACAGAAAAAUUUUAUUUAAAAACAAAACACCCGCCAAAUCAUUUCAAAUGUCAUUUGCGUGUCGAAAUGUAUAAUGUCACGUGAUGUGUUGAACAAUGCGAACAUUGAGCAUGGAAGGGAGAUCAAUGGCGUGGGUGUUCUUGCCCAACUUGGACCAGUAAUACUUAAAAAUUUCAAAGAAGCCAAUGCCCUUCAUCAAAUGAGGUGGAAAUUGGGCGAGUGCGUAAGACAAAGGCCUUGUAAACCCUUCCAUCCUGAGCUGCUCCGAGAUCGUCAUAGCAGUGUGCAAUAUUAGCUUAGAAGAGUCGGGAAGGUGCCACAAUUUGGCUGACAGAGUCUUAUGUUAAGCUAACACUUGAGUACUCUUGUACCGAAGUCAUGGCAGUUUAUGCUGGAAAUGGACUAUCCACUGUGUUAUAAGUCUGUUUAUAUGGAGCCCCUGCAACUGGCUAUCUCUGUGAAAUUGUUUAUUGGCGAAUUUGAGGCGUUUGCGCUCUGUUUAUUGCUUAGCAUGUGUGGAAAGUUUGGCUUUGUGUCGUGUUGUGGGGGAAGCAACAAUGAGAGAGAAGAAGGUAAAGGGUCGUCGAGGACACGGGGAAGGCAGCGUACGAACUCCGGAGGAACAGAAGAUUGCAACGAGGAAAGGGUCAGAAGAGGAUCUGAACAAACUGCAGACCCUUCAACAAUAAAUGUAAAUAUGGUUGCUCCGCAUACGAUCAAACUUUUAACCGAUAUCCGUGAAAUAAAAGAAUAUAAACAGGCUGAGGUUGACGAUGACGAAAUACAGAAAGUGUUAGAGAUACACGGUGACAUUUUAGCGCGGCUCGAAAAUCCAACGAAAUAUACUUGAAAAUGGACAGAAUUAUCUGGUUUACGUUGAUUUAGGAUGGCAAUCGCUAAUGAAAGGUUUUUGUCGAGAUAUCGUUACGAAUAGCGAUCAGUAACAAGUGUUUCCCAGAGAGCCAGGGCCUAGUCACCAAAUUGCCUUUGGUUGAAAUAUGCAAACUCUCCAGAAGACAACAUCGGUCGCAGAAUCGCUGAAAAUAGAGAAAAACAAAAGGAGGAACGACGGCAAUUCCACCAGAUUUGGUUGUGUUUACCGUUCCCCGAAAUCUCGUUAAGAAGUAUAAAUUGAUAGGAAAGUCGAUGAUCGGUUGUUAUUGAGAAGCCGUACAGGGCUUGAAAAUUACUUUUUAUAAUUCCACAUGUCAAAAUGCACAAGCACCUGCAAGACGGUGUGAAGUCGUUUUCGUUUGUUGCCCCACAUUUCGCAGCUUAGACAAGAAUUCAAAAUUUACUUUCGCCACUUUCACAGUUCUCAAUGCCAAAUUCCCAUCUUUUAUUUCCAGUUUUAUUUGCAUAUAACGGACCGGCCUAGGAAGUUCACGAAACGUUCUUCUCAGCCAUACGCCAGUUUUCCUUGAAAAGAGUAGCUUAUCUUUUCCAAUUUAAUUCAGAGCUUAUAUAGUCAGUGAGAUAGACUUGAUCUUGAGUAAAACCCCAAAACCUCCACUUUGUGAUAAAAGAUCUCACCAGUGAAGGUAAAUUUUUACAUUGUCAGGCUUCAUAAAUCACACAUCUAACUUUCCAUACAGGGGUAACAUCUAACUUUCCAUACAGGAAUCAAUGCCAUUAUUUUGUUCGACAUCCUCUUAAACAUCUAGAUUAAGGCUCAGGGAAACCCAAGUAUUCAGUCAGAAAUUUUCUUUUUUGAGUCACCAAAAUAUGUAUGGUUUUGGAUUUCUUUUUUGCAAAUUUCUUUCAGACCACAGACUCUAAAUAUUGAAUCGUUAUCAGUUCUGUAAUUGAAAUGCUCAAGUUAUUACUUAGUUAUCAUAUUUAAUACCCUAAAUACUGGCAUGACACAUCCUGUUAUGGAAUGUAGGGAGUAUACCUGCCACCCCUCAGUCAAGAAAACGAAUAGAAAUGUUUCCUUCUCUCCUUUUUGCUGUGCGUCAAUUUAUAAGAUGAAAUUUACUUAACUAUCAUUUAAAUGUUACUGCUUUCACACUGUCUCCUGACAUCACCCAACAUUCUUAUCCCCUUGUUAUAUCUAGAUAUUCAUUUUUACAAAAAUGUGUGUCAGUACUUGUCUUUUGCUUGUUAUGACAUUACACUCUUUGUUAUAAGAAACACAGUACUAGAACUGCUGUGCAGCUAAGAAACUUAAAGUGGUGACUGAUAAAUUUUAAGAAACAUAGGUUUUACAAUGAGUACUAAACCCACUUUCUGAAAGAAGAGAUGGUUGUAUGCAUGACAAUUUGUCUUUAAUGUUUUGCUCUUUCGAGCAAACAAUCCUUUAAAUUCAGCCAGUGACCUCUCAUGAACAUGAAAGUGACUGCAGUUGGGAGGUGUAACAUAAUUACGAAACUCUGAGUACUUAUUUCCAUGAAAAAUUGAAAAAAAUUGUGAAAUAAGAGUGAGUAUUAAAAUUGAUGUUAUGGUCCAUGUUAAAUUACUUAUGGAAAAUGCAUAUUUGACAUCUAGUUGUUUAGCAAUUUUGCAAAUGGCAUCAGUUUUUAUUGGGUUUUACCCUACCAAGUGCCUUUGAUAAAUUUGCAUAAACAUUUUUUCUACAUAUUGAUAGGAAAAUGUUACUCUUAACUGUGAUGUUGAUGGUUUUAUGAAGUUUGCAGCCAAAAUUUGAUUGAAUAUGUAUGGUGUAUUUAGAUUUUAGAUUAUUUUCUUUUAUGCAAUUUAAUAUAUAAUUUUUAAAAUUCCCUUUACAUGCAAAACUACUUCAUAUGCAGAACAUUUAGUGAUGAUGAGUUCAAAAUGCAAUUGAAUCAAAUAAACCAUUAAUGUUGUUAAUUCUGU